AUGGCAGAAAAUCCGUGUACAGGAACCAGUAAAUCUCGGCAACUGGGACCAUGUUCUGUUUGUGGUGCUAAUUCAAUUGGUAUUAAUUUCGGCGUGUUAACGUGCAUGGCGUGUAAAGCAUUCUUUAGACGAAAUGCAGUUAAACUAGGCAAAACUGAAUUCAUCUGCUAUCAAAAUGGAGACUGUCUAGUGACGCAUGAUCUGCGGCGAAUGUGUAAUUGUUGCCGGUUAGCGAAAUGCUUUCGCGUUGGUAUGCAAAAAUCCUCCAUAUUAUCAGAAAGCGAGAAGCAAGCACGCAAAGACUUAGUGGACCAAAAUCGAAGAAAACGAGAAGAGAGAAAACUAAUGCGACAUACAGAAAAGAUUCGACUCAGUCUCAAUGCAUAUUCAUCCGAAAAAGGUCCCAAAGCAUUGUCUCCAUUUGAUCAAAUGAUCCUUACGAAUAUUUUUAAUAUUUACGAGCGAGCCUAUUCGCAGAAGGGUGUCGAGCCAUUUACAAAUGCACCUGUAUUGAAACAUGCCACUGUAGACACGUUUUUCAAUGACUCUGAACGACGAGUUCGAGUACUAUUCGACUUUUUCAAAUUGAUUCCUGAGUUCAACAAAUUACCAAUCAUGGACAGAGCACGUCUAGUUCGAACCAAUUUUGGGCCGCUAUUUCACAUGAACGAGUCCAUACUGAAUCGAUCGAGUCAUGAAAAUUUCAUAUUUUCAUUACAAGCUGCAUUCGGCGAAAUCGGCGCUCUUGAGGUCCGGAUUUCUUUUGAGCGAGAACGUGAAUAUUCAUACGAUCCCAUCCUGCUCAAGCUCAUCAUGAUUAUCUGGUGCUUCUCUCUUGGUAUGAACAAAUACACUUAUAACAUCGAUACAAGCGUGAUCUAUGAAGAUACUCUGGCUAUCUUCGCCAGUGAAAGCGUCUAUGUUGAGCUGCUUUGGCGAUAUCUUCUCUCGAGAUUGCCUUCCACCGAAUAUACUGUCAAAUUUUUCAACUCAUUCGUAUUGAACGUACUUUGGCUACAACGAACUUGUCUCAGUGUGGACCGAUUUAUGUUGAAGUCGGAGAGAAACGUAAAAAACAUCGUACCACUGUUACAAUGUAUCAUAUGUCCGUCACCAGACAGCUUAUAUGCAACAGAACAUACCAGUGAUAUGAACUUUGGCAAUGUACAAUAA